UAAUGGUGCUGUCAAUCUGUUAGCUGCUAUUAAUGAUUACCUCCUGAAUCUGAAUAGAUUCCCUUCCGAGGGCACAUUCAUGAACGAGACACUCGUAUCAGAGAGAACCAAGAAGAAUAAUACAGUACACAGCUGUUUCUGAACUUGGUCCCCAUCUACUGUUAGCUAGAAUGGGUGGCUUUGUCAGUAGAAGAACUGUUGAAGACGACACAGUUAUUAAACAGCCAAAGACGUCUACCACAUCACCCCGUAAGCAAGAUGAGAAGUUACAUGAAGUGGAUGUAACUCUGGAUGUGGACACAGCUCACCCUAACCUACUGAUAGAUGGGAAAACAGUAAGCUGGAUAAAGGAAACACCACAGAGACUGUGUAGUGAGAAGAUGUUUGAUGAAGAUCCCUAUGUGCAGGGCAUUAUGGGCCGUGCUUGGAGGGCCUACUGGAAGGUGAAUGUGGAGAAGAAGGAUGACUGGGUACUUGGUGUUACCAGGGCAACAGCUAACAGGAAAGGACAGUUGGUUCUCAUCCCAGCUAAUGGCUUCUGGGUAAUCGGGAUCUCAGAUGGCAAAGACUUUACAGCAUUCAUGGAUGAUGAUGAUGAUGAUGAUGAUGAUGAUGAUGUCCAUAAAGAAAGAAUUCCACACCGAGUGGGUAUCUAUGUGGAUUAUCAGGAAGGGAAGGUGACUUUCUACAAUGCAGAAGAUAAUUCACUCAUCUAUUCAUUCACCAAAGGACCAAGUUAUGAGGAUGAGGUCCGCCCACUUUUCUCACCCUGGAAUAACGAUGCAGAUCCAAUCACAAUUGUGUCCAUUGAAACUAAACAAUCUAAAUCAUCUGAAGCAUUAAGGAUCACCUCUACAUCAAUCAAUAGGUUACUUUGUGUUGGAGAGCUAAACUUGAGUAGUGAUUGACUAAUGGUGGUCAAUCACUAAUGAUUGUCACUUCAGUAAUAUUUACACUUUGCUUGAAGUUGUUUAAAUGUUAUGAUACUUUUUUGCUUAUUAUAGAAAUGUGUUGCUUUCUCACAUUGACUUUAUAUUUGUUGUCUUUGACUUGAAUAAAAUUGAACUGCUAUUUCAGUUGUUUUUUCAAACCACGAGGAUAUUGUCAGAGAAAUCAUGCAUAGUGAAUAGGUAAUGUCAUGCCUCCUUUCAUACACAUAUACUGUACACUGUAUUGAUUUGUGAAAAAUGUAAUAUUGCUUUAAAGACUUGGAUGUGUAUCAGUUUAUACCUUGCGAUCAUGAGGAUCAAUCAGUUUGUUAGAUUAGGAAGGUUUGUAAUCAGCCAUUGGUCAGCACAAGCAUCAGUGGCCUUCGUAAAGACUGCUAUUCUGGGACCUCAUUAAUAAAAUGUUUGCACCCACA